AUGCAGAUACCAAAAUAUCAGAAUAAACCAUUCAAGCCUCCGAGAAGGGUUGGAUCAAGUAAUAGCGCCCAACUUAAAUCAGCCACAGUCACCGUCACGGCAGCACCCAUAUCUAGAGUGAAUGUUGCUAUUCAAGCAAAAAGAAAUAUUCCGCUAGGGGCGCCUCUUAAUGCUGCCAAAAAACCGAAGAAUCUGGAUUCAAAUCAAUACAUUAGAUACUUUACUAUCAUGUAUCGGAAACCUACAACCAAGAAGCACAAAACCUGGAACGGUGAUGGUUAUGCCGCCUUAAAGGUUGAUAGUAGUAAGCUAACCUUUUAUAAUGAAGCAGGAAAAUUUCUUGGAUCGAAUGCAUUACCGAGUGGUUCUGAUUCUCUUUUUGAGACUCUUUUCAAAGUGGGUUCUCAUGAAGUACAGCUAGAUUACGAAUUGAAAGAGAGGACAGAAAUAGAUAGUAUCAAAGAAAUCUUAUCGCAAGCGAGUGGAAGCGUCAAUUUGACUGCUGCAAAUGCAACGGUAACAGCGCCAUCUUCAAAGAAUGACGGUGGCAAAUCGCAAAUGCCAUUGUCUCAACUAUUUACACUGAAUACAGUGAGAAAAUUUAAGGCAGUAACAAAGCAAUCGCAGGAGCAUAUGACUGUACCGACGCGAAAUAAUCAAAGCACUCUGGCCAGAAAAUAUUACCCAGUGUUUGAUGUUGACAAAAUCGUUAAUCCUUUAGUGAUGAAUAAGAAUGCUGCUGCUGAAGUUGACGUGAUUGUUGAUCCAUUAGUGGGUAAGUUUUUACGCCCUCAUCAGAGGGAAGGUGUAAAGUUCAUGUACGAUUGCGUAAUGGGUUUAGCAAGACCAAGUUUUGAGGAUCAGAAUAGUGAUGCUAAAAGUCUAGUACUAGAAAACGACUCAGAUAUCAGUGGGUGUUUGUUGGCGGACGACAUGGGUUUAGGUAAAACAUUAAUGAGUAUAACUUUAAUUUGGACAUUGAUUAGGCAGGAUCCAUUUGCUUCCAAAGUCCCAUGUUCGCAAUCAGGUAUACCAUUGAGUGGUCUUUGUAAAAAGACCUUAGUGGUUUGUCCUGUCACUCUGAUAGGAAAUUGGAAGAGAGAAUUUGGCAAAUGGUUAAAUUUAUCGAGAAUAGGUGUCUUAACACUAAGUUCAAGAAAUUCGCCCGAUAUGGAUAAAAUGGCUGUCAGGAAUUUUUUAAAGGUACAGCGAACCUAUCAAGUUUUGAUUAUUGGCUAUGAAAAAUUGCUAAGUGUAUCUGAAGAAUUAGAGAAGAAUAAGCAUCUCAUCGAUUUGUUGGUGUGUGACGAAGGACAUCGUUUGAAAAACGGCGCUUCUAAAAUUCUGAAUACGUUGAAGAGUUUAGAUGUGAAGAAAAAACUUCUGCUUACGGGAACUCCGAUACAAAAUGAUCUUAGCGAAUUUUUUACUAUCAUAGACUUCAUAAAUCCGGGAGUCCUUGGCAACUUUGCCUCUUUCAAGAGAAGAUUUAUUAUCCCAAUAACGAGAGCUAGAGAUACCGCAAACAGAUACAACGAUGAUGUGUUGGAGAAAGGGGAAGAAAAAUCCAAGGAGAUGAUUGAAAUUACAAAGAGAUUUAUUCUAAGAAGAACGAAUUCAAUUCUAGAAAAGUAUCUUCCUCCGAAAACGGACAUAAUUUUAUUCUGUAGACCCUACGACGAACAAAUUCUGGCUUUUAAGGAUAUUCUACAGGGUGCACGUUUAGAUUUUAGACGGUUAACGUUCAGCUCUUCGCUGGGGUUAAUUACUUUACUGAAAAAGGUGUGCAACUCUCCCGGAUUGAUUGGUUCGGAUUCAUAUUACAAUUCACUCAUAAAAGAUACUCAAUCUCAAGGAAGCUACAGCCGUUCCCUGAACUCUGGUAAAUUAAAGGUUCUGAUGACAUUGCUCGAAGGUAUUAGGAAGCGUACCGAAGAAAAGGUUGUUAUAGUUUCCAAUUAUACUCAAACAUUAGAUAUAAUUGAAAACCUAAUGAAUAUGGCAGGAAUGUCACAUUGCAGGCUUGAUGGUUCUAUACCUGCCAAACAAAGAGACUCCAUUGUCACAUCUUUUAAUCGUAGUCCAGCCAUAUUCGGAUUCUUGUUGAGUGCAAAAUCUGGAGGCGUAGGGCUGAAUCUGAUCGGCGCUUCCCGACUUAUAUUGUUUGAUAAUGAUUGGAACCCCUCGGUAGAUUUACAAGCCAUGUCAAGGAUCCACAGGGAUGGUCAGAAAAAUCCGUGCUUUAUAUAUAGGUUGGUUACAACAGGAUGCAUCGAUGAGAAAAUCUUGCAAAGGCAACUGAUGAAAAAUAGCCUAAGUCAGAAAUUUCUAGGUGACUCUGAAACGAAGAAUAAAGGUUCUUCCAAUGAUGAUCUCUUCAACAAAGAGGACUUGAAGGAUCUAUUCUCUGUUCACACGAACACGAAGAGUAAUACUCAUGAUUUGAUCUGUUCUUGCGAUGGCUUGGGUGACGAAAUUGAGUGUUUUGAAAAACAAUUGGAUGUUGUUGAACCAAAGAAGCCCAAAUCUACAAUAUGGACUAGCGCUCUGGAGUUGCAAAAGGAAAUGAAUGAAACUGCUACCAGGGAUGAUGCGAAAAAGUGCCAAUCCAUUAGACAAUGCCUUGUUAACUAUAAACAUAUCGAUCCAGCCAGGCAAGAUGAAUUAUUUGAUGAAGUUAUUACGGAUUCCUUCACAGAAUUGAAAGAUGAUAUCACUUUUGCAUUUGUCAAGCCCAGCGAGAUUUGCCUCAAAGAAGAAUGA